CUAUUUUUCUUUCAUUUCCACACACCAAAAACAUACAUGGCUUUUAUAUCAAAAAAAGAUUCAUCUAAUAAUAAUUCAAACACAGAAAUUAUACAAGAAAUCAUGAAAACAUACAAAUCACUUCCACCAAGACCUACUAUUGAGGAGCUUGAAGCAGCCAUAUCUGUCAUUAAAACAGUCAACACAGAAGAAAAACAAAAACUUGAUGAAAUCUCUUCACAAAUAUGUCCACAAGAUACACCACCAGAACUUUUUUCUAUACUUAAAAAAGUCAGAAAAAAUAUGGUCUUGUUUCAAAGCCAAGAACAAAGAAAAGAGGCUUUGCAUGUUGUAGAACUUGAUCAAGUUUAUCAAACUUUUGAUGAGUUGAUACAGAAAGCUUCUAAGUGUGUUCUUGGAGAUACCCAGUUGGAUAAAGAUGAUGAAUUGAAAUACCCAGGUGUUAGUUUUGAGAAAGAAGUUGUAAUAAGUGAUGAAAGUUUGUUGGUUUCUAAAAAGAUUAAUAAAGUUGAAAGCUUUGGAGGUUUAGUCAAGAGUUCUCCAACAAACGAAACCAAUUUUGCCACAGGUGUAGAAGAAAAUGAGAAAUUGAGUUUGAUGAAAGUAGCAGCCUUGAUUGAAACCAUAGCCAAACAAGGUGGAAAAGUUCUUGAUCUUCAAUCAAAAUUGAUGGAAAACAUAGAAUGGCUUCCUGUAUCAAUUGGGAAACUUUCAAACAUCACUGAACUUAAUCUUUCAGACAACAAACUCAAGUCUCUUCCAUCCUCCAUCACCGAUCUUACCGCAUUAACAAAGCUUGAUAUCCACUCAAACCAACUUACCAACCUGCCCGAAUCAUUUGGGCAACUUGUCAACUUACAAGACCUUGAUCUCCAUGCAAACCAGUUACAAUCCCUCCCCGAAUCAUUUGGAAAUCUUUCAAAUUUGAUCAAUCUUGAUUUAAGUUCAAACCAUUUCACUCAUUUGCCAGACCUCAUAGGAAAAUUAUCCUCUAUGCAAAUCUUGAUAGUCGAAACAAAUGAUCUUGAAGAACUUCCUUACACAAUUGGAGCAUGUUCUUCACUUGUGGUACUCAAACUAGACUUUAAUCAACUAAAAGGACUUCCUGAGGCAAUUGGGAAACUAGAGUGUUUGGAGAUACUUACUUUGCACUAUAAUCGGGUAUGCAAAUUGCCUACAACAAUGGCGAAUCUUGCUAAACUAAAAGAGCUUGAUGUUAGUUUCAAUGAACUAGAAGGAUUGCCCGAAAGCCUUUGUUUUGCAACCAAUUUGGAAAUACUCAACAUUGGUAAGAACUUUGCUGAUAUGACCGCUUUACCUCGAUCAAUUGGUAACCUUGAAAACCUUCAAAUGCUUGAUAUAAGUGGUGAUCAAAUAAGAUUUUUACCGGAAUCAUUUGGGUCAUUAUCGAAGCUAAAAAUCUUUAGAGCGGACGAGACCCCUCUCGAGUUUCCUCCAAAAGAAGUUACCAAGCUAGGGGCUCAGGCUGUCGUGGAAUACAUAGCUGAUAUUGUUGCCAAGAGAAAUGUCAAACCUCAAGAAAUAAAGAGAAAACGUAAAGGAUUUUGGUCAUGGAUUUGCAUGAUCUUUUCAGGUUGAAGAAAAAAAGUCAUGUGUAUAUAUAUAGUUUUCUGUUUUGUACAUUGAAAAAAAACAUACAAA